AUGUCGACUCACAGAAGACAGGACUCCGGGGAGGAGCCGAUACCAACCGAGACCGCUCCGGAGACGCGCAGCCCAACUUCCGAGUCAGAUGCCGAAGAGCUCUCACCGCCUCCCCAGGAUUUGCCCAGAGGUUCGCGGAAACUCAGCCAGAGCGGGUCGGACAGAGGCGCGCGGGUAGGGACUGUAGCGACGCCUCCCCAAGGACUAUCAAGGAACCCUUCCACCUGCUCGACAAGCUCCAACGCGAGACCGCAUGCCGAAUAUCUCCCAUCACGCACACUGGUCCCAGAACAGCGGCCGCCACUACCAACAUCGUAUCUCAGCGCGACAGCCCCGCCAUUAGAACCCCCAGUCACCAAGGCAACCCUCAGUGAGCUCGACGUGCAGAAGAUUGUACAUAAUCCCAAGCUCCGUCACGAUAUCAACUUCGAUCCCGAGUUGCACUUCCGGCCGAAUCUGGAUGGGGAAAAAGGGAAGAGGAAGCAAGACAAGGCGAACCAGUUCUGGAACACCCUGUUUGACCAGCUGAUGUUGUUUGUCAUGGAUAGGGAGGCAUUCCACGCGAGGUACGGCCAUGGGGAUUGGUGUCUGCCGGCGCUUCUCCGCGCAGUCAGGGACAUUAUCGAGACGUUGGUGCCACAGCGGGACCGGGACCUCCUCAACGAAGGGCUGAACGUGGACCUGCUGAUGCAGCAGUUCAACCGGGGCGUUGCCGACCUGGAAAAGCUGGCCUCGUGGUUGGCGAGCAUUCUCAAGCUCCACUGUGCCCCGAUGCGCGACGAGUGGGUCGACGAAAUGUACCAGGAGCUGAGCAACGGGAACCGCAACAACGACAUGACCGAACUGGUCAAGGGCAUGCGCAGCCUGCUCAGCGUGCUGGAGGCCAUGAAGCUCGACGUGGCGAACCACCAGAUUCGAUGCCUGCGCCCUGUGCUCAUUGAGGAUACGGUUCACUUCGAGCAGCGAUUCUUCGUGAGGAAGAUGCAAUCGGGGAAGCUCAGCAUCGCCGACACCAGGACAUGGUACCGCGCAGCUCAGGAGUACACGGAGCGGUUGUACGCGAGUUCGCCGAUGCCCUUCCUGCAGGCAUUCGGCGAGAUGUCCGUCUUCUUCGAGGCGCUCUCCAGGCUAGUCCUACCGUCGACGUGCCUCAAGGACGUGCCGCCGACAUUUACCUUUGACGAGGACCGGAUACUCAAGCUCCGCUCCGACAUGCACGACAGCAUAUGCCUCGAGGUCUGCAUGCGCAAGUUCGAAGACCUGGAGCGCCUGUCGAGGGUGACACAGCUGUGCGCCAGAAUCCCGUCGUAUGUCGCUGACGAGGCCGCCGACAGCCGGCUAUCGGGUGACUUGAACUUCAUGGCCGCGGGCGCCUCGCGCCCGUCCAGCCUCGCCUUCAGCGACCGCAGCUCCAACUACUCGUCGCCUCGGACGUCGGGCGCCUUCUUUGCGCAACCCGCCCCAGACUCGGCCGACUCGCGCUCCCGGGCGUCAGAACUGUACAACUCGCUCCUCGCCCUCCUCCACACCACCCCCCCGGCCAGCAGCCCCGCCGAGCGGUGGAAGGAUCUCGCAGGCCCGGUGGCCCUGCAGAUCCUGCGCUAUGCCAACGCGCCAACCUCGCUGCCCGGGUUCGAGACCCAGCUGGCCGCGUGCCUGGAUGUCACCAACUCGGAUAUCUUCCGGGACGUUGAGUCCCACUUCCAACAGCGCCUCCUCGCCGAGCUGGCGCGGCGGGUGAACGAGUUCAAGAAUUUGUCGGGCGUCGCGCUCUUCUCGCACGCUACCGGCGGUGGCCUGCGGGCGCAGGGACCCCUCGGCCGGCCGCCGCUGCCGCUUGCCGCUGCUGCGGACCGGCAGCAGCGCGCCAGUGGGCUGUUUGGUGAGCCGCCGCGCGAUCCCCGCGAGGAUGGGGGUGUCGAGGACAUGGCGAUCCGACUGGCGCAUCUGGGCGUGCUGCACUGGCGGGUGUGGGCGCCGCUUGCGUAUGAGGUGGAUGUGGAGAGCGAGUUGACUCCCAUGCAGAACUCGAUGAUGUGA